AUGGCGAUUGACAUUGUUAACACGACCUCCACAGCCCAGUCUGAGCUGGAGCAAAUAUGGCCUUCCAGUGCUGCGUCCUUGUCGGCUCUCUUGCUCAGCCCGCAAUACGCCGUAAUUUUGUUGCUUGGUUUGGUGGUAUAUGACCAAGUGAUGUACAUCAAACGAAAGGGUUCCAUUGCCGGUCCUCGCUUCAAGAUCCCAUUCAUGGGCCCGUUUCUCCAAGCACUUCAUCCGAAAUUCGAAGCAUACCUUGCGCAAUGGGCAAGUGGCCCUCUGAGUUGUGUAUCGGUGUUCCACAAAUUCGUUGUCCUCGCUUCGGACCGAGACAUAGCCCACAGGGUUUUCAAGUCGCCCUCGUACGCUGAGCCAUGCAUAGUACCAAUCGCAAAGGAUAUUCUGGGCCACAGAGCAUGGGUUUUUCUUCAGGGCAGAGCUCAUGCCGAGUACCGAAGAGGAUUGACUCCCUUGUUCACCAACAAUGCGUUGGCCACCUACCUCCCGGUCCAGGAGAAGGUAUUUGCCGAUUAUUUCGACAACUUCGUCGCCGCAAGCAAAGCAGUGGAUGGCCGACCAAUGGCCUUUAUGACCAUGUUCCGGGAGAUCAACUGCGCACUUUCAUGCCGCACCUUCUUCGGCGACUAUAUCUCUCACGAUGCAGUCCAGAAAAUUGCGGAUGAUUUCUACCUUGUGACUGCCGCUCUGGAGCUAGUCAAUGUGCCCCUGUCCAUGUAUAUCCCAUUUACGAAGCCCUGGCUCGGGAAGCGAACGGCCGACGCGGUCCAUCGCGAGUUCGCCAGGUGCGCGGCGAUGUGCAAGGCCAAUAUGGCGAGCGGGGCGAAGCCGACUUGCAUCGUGGACCAUUGGGUGCUGCAUAUGAUGGAAUCCAAUCGAUAUCUGGCGAGAGUUGCCGCAGGCGAGACCGACGCAGAGAAACCAACGAAUCGGAUCCGCGAAUUCACCAACGAGGAGAUCGGAGAGACUCUAUUCACAUUCCUCUUUGCGUCUCAGGAUGCCUCCAGCAGCGCCACCACUUGGCUGUUCCAAAUCCUCGCCCAGCGGCCCGACGUGCUUGAUCGCUUACGAGCAGAAAACCUGGCCGCACGAGGCGGUGAUCGGAGCAAACCGUUCGAUCUCCCGAUGCUGGAGUCGCUCACCUAUACUCAUGCAGUGGUCAAGGAGCUCCUGCGCCACAGACCACCCGUGAUCUUCGUGCCUUACCUGGCAACCAAAAACUUUCCUGUCACCCCUACCUACACCGUUCCCAAGGGCGCCAUGAUUGUCCCGUCUUGCUACCCGGCCUUGCACGACCCAGAGGCCUACCCUAACCCUGACGUCUUCGACCCAGACCGCUGGAUCUCAGGCGAUGCCCAGUCCAAGACGAAAAACUGGCUUGUAUUCGGCGCGGGGCCGCAUGAUUGCCUAGCCAGGAGAUAUGUGCCGCUUUCCAUGGCCGCUAUGAUUGGCAAGGCAGCCUUGGAACUUGAUUGGAAGCAUCAUGCGACAGAGAGGUCGGAGGAGGUUCGGGUAUUCGCUACACUAUUUCCCAUGGAUGGGUGCCGAUUAGUCUUCACGAAACGUCCCUAG